AUGUCGGGGACGGACCGCGGCGAGGUGGGUGACGUGCCCAAGGUGACGAUCAAGUACAAGGAGAACCCCAACAAGCCUAUGCACGCCGUGGAGUGGCACGGCAAGAAGAACAUCAAGGUCAACUCCAAGAGGCCCAGCCCCGAGAUCACGGACCCGGUGAGUGGCCAAGGGGGGAACAGGGGGGCAUGCGAGGGGGGUGCUGGGGCGGGGGAAGGGGGGGGCUUGAGGGCAGGCCACGAGUUCAUGGGCAUUGUGGAGGAAGUGGGGCCGGAGGUGAAGAACAUCAAGAAGGGCGACAAGGUGGUGGCGUGCUUCGACGUAGCGUGCGGCAAGUGCUGGUACUGCAAGCGCGAGUGCUACUCCCUCUGCGACGCGACCAACGACAGCAAGGAGGAAAAAGAGCUGUACGGCUACCGCACCGGCGGCUUCUACGGCUACUCCAAGGUCACCGGGCAGUGGCCGGGGGGGCAGGCGCAGUACGCGCGCGUUCCCAUCGCUGACGUCAACCUGCUGAAGAUCCCGUCGGACGCGCCGGACGAGAAGUACGUCUUCCUGUCCGACAUCCUGCCGACGGCCUGGAACGGCCUCGAGAUGGGCGAAGCCGCCGAGGGCGAGUGCGUCGCCAUCUGGGGAGCGGGGCCAGUGGGGCAGCUGUGCGCGAUGCUGGCCAACAAGGUGCGCAAGUGCGGCAAGGUGAUCGUGAUCGACCAGGAGCAGUACCGGCUGGACCACCUCAAGAAGCACUGCCCCGAAGUCGAGUGCGUCAACCGCAAGGGCAAGGACUCCAAGGCGAUAUACGAGAAGCUGCUGGAGAUCUGGCCGCGGGGCCCUGACGUGGGCGUGGAGAUGGUGGGCAAUCAUUACGUGAGCAGCAGCCUGCUGCAGAAGGUGGAGCAGGUCGUGGGCGCGCAGCAGGACCCGUCCGAAGUGCUCGACGAGAUGAUCUACUGCGUCCGCAAGGGCGGGCGCAUUUCCAUCGUGGGCGUGUACGUGGGCUUCACGAACCACUACAACAUCGGCGCGUUCAUGGAGAAGUUCAUGACGAUGCGCGGCGGGCAGACGCCGUGCCAGAAGUUCUGGCCCAAGCUGAAGGGCCUGAUCGACGAGGGCAAGAUCGACCCCACGUUCAUCAUCACGCACAAGCCGCCGCUCGAGGAGGCGCCGCACGCGUACAAGAUCUUCGACGAGAAGAAGGACGGCUGCGUCAAGGUCGUCAUGAAGCCGUGGGCCAAGCAGGAGACCUAG